GCCCCCCCCGCCAUGUUGCGGCGGCGGCGGGCCCGGGAGCGGCGGGCGUGCGGGAUCGCGGGGCGCUCGGAGCAUGCGGGGCGCACGGAGCGGGCGGGGCGCGCCCCCCGCGCAGUGGGUGCUCAUUGCCCCAGAGGCUGCUAUUGACCUCCCGAAGACACCUGAGAGCGAGCCCUUGUUUACAAAACUGCGCAACCCAAGCACAGGGGAAGCAGCCCUUUACUUAUUCAAUAGCGGUGCACAGCAGCUGUUUGAAGUAAAAGCUUUUCACGAGGAACGUCGCUCCUGGUUUAUAGGUCAGACUGUUCAACAGGAUGGGCGCCUGCUGUUUGUUACACCAAUGGACCCCUUAUUUCUGAUACUUUACUACCUCAUAAAGGCAGACAAAGAGCAGCAAGGAAAGUUCCAGCCACUUGAUCAAGUUGUGCUAGACUCAGAAUACCCUAGCUGCCCAUUGCUGCUGAAGUGUGCAGAUGUUAAGCAGUACAUACAGCAAGUAACAGAAGAAAAAGAGAUUGGCAGUCAGAAAUUCCACAAAUAUAGCCAAGAGAAGACACUGAUGUGGUUAAAGAAAAAGGUUAAUCAAACAGUGAAAGCACUUAAAAGCAACAAUAUAUUGGUAGGUGAAAGAGUGCUUGCAAGUACAUUUAUCAACAGUAAACAGGUCACAGAUGCUCAGGAAGACUAUGUACGAUAUGCCCAUGGGUUAAUAUCAGAGUAUAUUCCUGAAGAUCUGAGUAAGGAGUUGUUAAAAUACUUGGGGCUCCCAGAACUUAGAAGCCCAGCACCAGAGCCACCACUAAAGAAAAGGAAAUUGUCAGAUGUCCCUGUGGAACCACAAGAAGACUAUACUAAAUUUAACAGCGACAGUCUGAAAACCAAAAAGGCAAACACCAAGAUGUCUGCAGCACAGAAGGCUCUGGCCAAAGUUGAUAAGAGUGGCAUGAAAUCCAUUUCUGCUUUCUUCAGCUCCAAACCUAAAACAUCAAAAUAAAGAUUUGUAAUUGAAAGAAAUUUA